UAAAAUAAACUUUUUCUUUAAAAAAACCACAUUGAAAAUCUUUAAUACAAAUGACUCAUAAACAUCCUGCUCCUACACAUUAAAGCUAAAAAAUAACAUAAAUUUAUUUACAUUCCUUGCUUAUGUUGUGAGUGACCCUAAAAUUGAAGUUAUAACAUUUGUUAUGUGGUUGGCAGUGAUUGAAUGAAUGUCAAUAUAACGAUAUUUUUUUACAGUUAAUUUCGUUGUUGCUAUUUUGGUCAAAUUUGAUUAAUGAGAAACAAGGACAAACAACAAAACCACCCUUAAGACACACACACACAACUCAAAACAAAAAUAAUGAACAAAAAUAGCGGUACUCUACUAACAACAAGAAUUAAAAAUAAACCAAUUAAAAGAGAGCAGAAGAAAACUACACAAAAUUUUAACUACAAAAGCAAAAAAGUUAAAUAAUUUUAACAAAAAAAUAGUAAUAAAUAAAAAAUAAUAUAAAUUUAAAAAAAUAACAAAAUUUAUUUUAUUUGCAAACUGUUUUGUGUUUAAAAAAGUGUAAAGUUAUUAAAAGAAAACUAGAAAAAUCAAUAUUGGAAAAUAACUGAAGUGUACAGUAACAAUUUUCUAUUAAAAUGUCAAAAAAUCUUUAAGGUUUUGUAAAACUAAUAUGUAUCUCAACAAUGAACAGCGAUGAAAUUAUUUUAAAUUCAAGUUUAAAUAAAACAACCAGCAUGAAACAUCACACUAGACAUAGUUUUCAUUUAAGUGAAACAACCAUUGAGGAGGAAGAGUCGCCACCAGAAAAUGAUAAUAUGCUGCCGCAUUUGAAACGUAAUACACCCAUACUCUUCUCCACCAAUCGAGGUUUACAUUUAAGAACCACAACUACCGCUAACACAACAACACCAACACCCCAUACUGCUAAUUCUACGUGUAGUCAUAACACCUCGCGAGCAUCUGUAAUAAAUUCCUCCUAUAAUAUGACAUUUUGUGAUUUAGAAAGAUGGAGCACAAAUCGCGCUAAUACGAUUAGCCUGGAAGAUACUUUUACCAUACCUAAACCGCCUGUAGUACCCUCAUCUGCUGCCUCGGGUUCUUUGGCCUCUAAUAGUUUACGCUUUUUACCACACAAAUCUACAUCGGUUCGUUUUAAUGGCUACUCAAGAUUUGAUGUGGAAUAGUUAAAAGAGAAACUGUUAAAACAAACAUCUUUUUAAGAGUUUGUGAUAUAUUGGGUUAAUGGUUCAGUUAAAAUAUUAUGCAUACCUAGCAUAAAAUGAAAUGAUUUGUAACUUGUGAUUUGUCUAGACUACAUAAUAGCGUAGACUAGUAAACAAACUAGACUGUAGGCUAGAAUGGACCAGUUAAUAGGCUUGGCAAUCGACUAAAAAGCAGACUUGGUAAUAGACUAUGCAGUAGACUAAACUAGACUAAACUAUAGAGUAGUCAAUAGACUUGUGAACUAGUCCAAUAGAGUAGUCAAAAGACUAGUCUAUAGAGUUGUAGACUAUUCUAUAGAGUAGAAGAUUAUUCUAUUGAGUAGACUAUUCUAUUGAGUAGUUCCUAGACUCUUCUAUAGGGUAGUCCGUAGACUUUUCUAUAGAAUAGUCCGUAGACUAAUCUAUAGAGUAGUCCGAAAACUAGUCUUUAGAGUAGACAAUGUAGUUGGCUAUAGAGUAGUCAAUAGACUAGUUUAUAAAGUAAUCAAUAAACUAGUUUAUAGAGUAGUUAAUAAACUAGUUCAUUGAGUAGUGAAUAGACUAGUCUAUAGAGUAGUCAAUAGGCUAGUCUAUAGAGUAGUCAAUAGACUGGUCUAUAGAGUAUUAGACUAUUCUUUAGAGUAGUCCGUAAACUAGUCUAUAGAAUAGACAAUAUAGUUGUUUAAAGACUAGUCUAUUAACUACUCUAUAGACUAUUCUAUGGAGUAGUCAAUAGACUAGUUUAAAGAGUAGUCAAUAGACUAGUUUAAAGAGCUGUCAAUAAACUAUUGUAUAGAGUAGUCAAUAGACUGGUCUAUAGAGAAGUCCAUAGAGUAGUCAAUAGACUGGUCUAUAGAGAAAACCAUAGAGUAUUCAAUAGACUAGUUUAUAUAGUAAUCAGUAAACUAUAUAGAGAUUCUAAACUAUAGUUUAUGUAAUAGAAUAUCAAGCAAACAUUUUUUUAUAAAACACAAGUAGACAUAUUACAACAAGCUAAAUCUAGAUAAGUCUUUGAUACUUCACAAAUGUCCUAGAACUAUAUACCCACCUAUAUCAAAAUCAACCAACUAUAUCAAAAUCACAAAACAAAUGUAGAAUAUCUUCCAAGAAACAUAUAAUUGUUAUUUGAUAUUAAAUUGUAUGAGUGAG